AUGAACUAUUGUUUGGUAACUUCACCGGCUGGACGACCUCUCCGCGAAUAUCAUUUAGUUAGAGAGCUUUUAGAGGUACUACACGAUACAAUCCGAGGCCAUAGGUCGCUACUAGAGGAUGGAAAGAUUCUUCAUCGGGAUAUCUCCGAAAAUAAAAUCAUCAUCACCGAGCUCCCUGCUGAAGGUGACCCGAAAGGAAGACUAAUUGACUUGGACUUGGCAAAAGAGCUGGACAGUAUGCCGAGUGGGGCUCGUUACCGGACUAGCACAAUGCAGUUUAUGGCGAUCGAGAUUCUUCAAGGGAAUGGUCAUACAUAUCGGCAUGAUCUCGAGUCAUUUUUUUUACGUCUUCGUAUGGAUGUGUAUUCGAUAUAG